AAGCCAUGGGUACCUGGGGGCUCUCCCAGCUGCGGGCACCGCUGCUCCUGCUGUUGUUGCUGCUGCCAGUGGCCAGCGCCUCGGAGGCUGAGCACCGUCUGUUUGAGAGGCUGUUUGAAGACUACAAUGAGAUCAUCCGGCCCGUGGCCAACGUGUCCGACCCGGUCAUCAUCCAAUUUGAAGUGUCCAUGUCUCAGCUGGUGAAGGUGGAUGAAGUCAAUCAGAUCAUGGAGACCAACCUGUGGCUGAAACAAAUCUGGAACGACUACAAGCUGAAGUGGAACCCCUCUGACUACGACGGGGCAGAGUUCAUGCGUGUCCCUGCGCAGAAGAUCUGGAAGCCAGACAUCGUGCUGUAUAACAAUGCUGUGGGGGAUUUCCAGGUGGAUGACAAGACCAAAGCCUUACUCAAGUACACAGGAGAAGUGACGUGGAUCCCUCCGGCCAUCUUUAAGAGCUCCUGCAAAAUCGACGUGACCUACUUCCCGUUUGAUUACCAAAACUGCACCAUGAAGUUUGGCUCCUGGUCCUAUGACAAAGCGAAAAUCGAACUGGUCCUGAUUGGCUCCUCCAUGAAUCUCAAGGACUACUGGGAGAGUGGUGAGUGGGCCAUCAUCUGGGCCCCAGGCUACAAGCACGACAUCAAGUACAACUGCUGCGAGGAGAUCUACCAGGACAUCACGUACUCCCUCUACAUCCGGCGCCUGCCCCUCUUCUACACCAUCAACCUCAUCAUCCCCUGCCUGCUCAUCUCCUUCCUCACGGUGCUCGUCUUCUACCUGCCCUCCGACUGUGGUGAGAAGGUGACACUCUGCAUCUCGGUCCUCCUCUCCUUGACGGUCUUCCUCCUGGUGAUCACCGAGACCAUCCCGUCCACCUCUCUGGUCAUCCCCCUGAUCGGCGAGUACCUCCUGUUCACCAUGAUCUUUGUCACCCUGUCCAUUGUCAUCACCGUCUUUGUGCUCAAUGUGCACUACAGGACCCCCACCAUGCACACCAUGCCCCUGUGGGUGAAGACCGUCUUCCUCAACUUGCUUCCCAGGGUCAUGUUCAUGACCAGGCCAGCCGCCAACGAGGAGCACGCUCAGAAACCGAGGCCCCUCUACAGCGCCGAGCUCUCCAACAUGAAUUGUUUCAGGGGCACUGAGGCCAAGGGCUGCAAGGACGGCUAUCCCUGCAGGGACAGGCUGUGCGGCGUCUGCCACCACCGCCGGAUCAAGAUCUCAAACUUCAGCGCCAACCUCACGAGAAGCUCCAGCUCCGAGUCUGUCGAGGCCACGCUCUCCCUCUCUUCUUUGUCGCCAGAAAUCAAAGAAGCGGUUGAAAGUGUUAAAUAUAUUGCUGAAAAUAUGAAGGCACAAAACGAAGCCAAGGAGAUUCAAGAUGACUGGAAGUACGUUGCCAUGGUGAUUGACCGCAUCUUUCUGUGGGUCUUCAUCCUGGUGUGCAUUUUAGGGACAGCAGGAUUGUUUCUGCAGCCUUUGAUGGCCAGGGAUGACAUGUAAGCACCAAACCACCCAGGGGCCGGAAGGAGCGUGGGAGAGGGCUGUUACUGAAGACACUUCCCAUGAUGAGACUCUGUUUCUGGCAUCUCAAGGUUUACCUGUUGUCCAGUUGUCUUGGUUUCUGUCAAACAAACAAAGCCAUGCAAGAAAAAAGUCAGUAUUUACUGUGGAUAAAUGAAUAGUUAGUGUUUUUAAUACAGUGAAGAAUGAAAAACAAUUUCCAAAUAUAAAUCUUCCACAGUAUGCUGUGCCAAGGGACAGAAAAAAAUGGGUAAUUAUUAAAACUGCUCCCAAAACACCUCCUCCCCCCACCCCAUUUUGUAGUGGUUGAUACAUACAAACAAGCAUAGGAAAUCUAGUUGCUCCAAAAUGUGAAACUUAUUUGGCCAGGAUUUCAGAUUUCCCAAUGAGCUUUCUUAGGUAGCUCUUAGUCUUUUUAAAGUACCACUCCCCACCCCACGACCAGUUGUCACCAUGAAUUUCAUGUUCAGGGGUAAGAGAGAGCUCAAUUACUCAUUCUUACAUACUUCUAGAUAAUUCUGCCAUGUGAAAUGAUGCCUAAUCAUAGUCACACAUUGGUGUUAGUGGACUCUUAAAGCAGAGUUUCUGCUGAAGCACUGUUGGCAUCCGGGGCCAGGUGAUUCUUCAUUGUGAGAGGUGGGGGUAGGCGGUAGGCCCUUUAGCAGCACCCAGGGAGCCAUGGUGGU